AUGGGAGGGAAGUUGAACAAUCUAAUUCUUACUCUCUGGUUUCUUUUUCAAAUUCAAGCCCCAGCCGCUGAAAGUUGUAAGGAGCUGUACAACACAAAUGGGUAAGUUCUUUCCAUCCAGCAGAACGCAUUUUACAAUAAAUUAAAAUUAGAGAAUUUGUUUUGAUAGUAUCCCAAGCUGCCUUGGGUUCGACUAUCGCUGCAGGUUAUAGAGACUCUUAAUCGAUACUUUACAUAUACCUCUUCUUUCAAGAAUUGAUUAUAUUCGUUGUUUGUUAUUUUCCUCACUUUUCAGAUCUGAUGUCAACAAGGCUUACCCUCUGAAGCUGGGCAAAAAGAUCCUUCCAGUUUACUGUCACAUGACAGCACUUGAUGGAUGUGGGGGUGGUGGUUGGACUCUGGUGAUGAAAAUGGAUGGUUCAAAGGUAAACAUGAAACGAUUCUAAUAAAAAUUCACAAAAAGAUAGUUUCCUCUCUUCUUUAAAUUAUUAAAAUGGUUCAUAAAAAUUCUUGUUCAAAAGUGUUCAUUUGAAUUUUGCAAAUCUAAAUCUAUCAUUUUUGUAAAAAAAAAAAGAAAAGUGAAAAGAUUUUUAAAUCAAUUGAGUUCGCGUGUUCUAUUCCUGUUCAAUAUAGACGAAAUUUGGAGUAAUUGUACUUUAAAAGGCAUAAAUCACAUGCUUCAAUUAAACAAAAUCUUGUCCAGCAGACUCCAUAUAACUACAACCUCCAAGGGGAAUUAGAGAGGCUCGGGUUGAGGGCCGAGAUUUUGGAGGUAGUAACCGGGAUCGAAAUGGGAAAGGCCCGGUGUUUACUGUGUUUCUAUUCAUGCAUUCGAAUUUCAUUGUGGUACAAAGAUGUUGAGCGAAAAUGAAACGUUUUGAUUUGUUUCAUUAACUAGGACACUUUUCAUUACAAUAAAUUGAUUUGGACCAACAAGCUAGGAUACAACCCUUCUGCUGGCUCGACUGGGUUUGACGGGAAUGAGACAAUGCUACCAACAUACUGGGAAAUGAAAUUCAACAGGAUCUGUCUCGGUAUGAAAAUCGGCAAAAAAGUCAACUUCAUCGCCAUCAACAAGCCAGCUUCCUCCCUUUUCUCUCUGAUCGCUGAUGGGAAAUACCGCACAACCUCACUGGGCAGAGAAAAAUGGAAGCUGCUGCUUCCUUCAAUUGCCUCACUACAAUCAAAUUGUAACCGGGAAGGAUUUAACACAUUUUGUAGAGGCUCUGGCCCCCUUCAACCCAGGGCUCGAAUCGGUAUCCUUGGUAACCAAGAGUAUAACUGCAACGGCUGUGAUUCCAGGAUCGGUUUUGGUACUGGAGGACAUCCUGAUCACUGGAGCUCGUGUGGAAAUGUGGCAAUGCACGGAUGGGGAGCAGAUAAUGGUGGUAAAAACAUCAAAACUAUGGGCUACAUUUUUGUUCAAUAA